UUAGGACGCAAUUGUGAUAUUUGCCAUUUGGGUCAAGGAAGAAAAGCUCCCUGUUUUUGUUCUCAAAUGGAGGGAGGACACAGAAAAAAAUGUAACGUCAUCGAAGUGAUCUGUGAAUAACGUCGCGCACCAACUGAUCCAGACCCAGAAAAAAGAAGGAACAAAGAAGAAGAAGAAGGAAUGUCGGCCUCGCAAACCCUAGGAGGGCCAUCCCGCACCGGCCGAGUGUUGGGGCCUUCCCUGGACAAGAUCAUCAAGAACGCGGCAUGGCGUAAGCAUUCCCACCUGGUCUCCGCCUGCAAAUCCACGCUAGACAAGCUUGAAUCCCUGUCCGACUCUCCCAACCCUGACCUCGCCUCCCCCCUCCUCGGCCUCUCCUCAUCCGAUGCCGAUUCCGUCCUUCAACCCCUCGUCCUGGCCCUCGACUCCGCCUACGCCAAGGUCGUCGAGCCAGUCCUCGAUUGCGUCUUCAAGUUGUUCUCCCUUAAUCUCGUCCGCGCAGAGAUCGAUCGCCCCGAUCCCAAUCACGGCAGCCGCAACAACAACACAUCCGUUGUUUACAAGAUUAUUGAUGGCGUGUGCAAGUCGUCUGGUCUCGGAGAGGACGCCAUCGAGCUGGGUGUGCUCCGGGUUUUGCUCUCAGCCGUUCGAUCCCGCUGCGUAUUGAUCCGCGGCGAUUGUUUGGUGCAUAUAGUCAGGACCUGCUACAAUGUGUACCUCGGUGGAUUGAAUGGCACCAAUCAGAUCUGUGCAAAGUCGGUGCUUGCUCAGAUGAUGGUCAUCGUAUUCACCAGGGUCGAGCACGACUCCAUGGAUCUGGGGGCUCCCUUUCCACGGGUCUCCGUUGCCGAAUUGUUGGAAUUCACGGACAAGAACCUAAACGAAGGCAGUUCGAUACAAUUUUCUCAAAAUUUCAUAAAUGAGAUCAUGGAUGCUAGUGAGAGUGAAGGGUAUGCUGGUAAAAAUAACCAGUUACCUAUUACUACCUCAUUAUCCGAGCAAAAUGCCAAUGGGCAGAUGCAUGAUUCAAACAAAGGAGACGAAAUGGGUGAAUCGACCGAUGGGGGCAGUAAGAUUAGGGAGGAUGGGUUUUUGCUUUUCAAAAAUCUGUGUAAGUUGUCUAUGAAGUUUUCGUCGCAGGAACACCCUGAUGACCAAAUCCUCUUGAGGGGCAAAGUUUUGUCUUUGGAGCUGCUCAAGGUCGUCAUGGAAUAUGGGGGUCCACUGUGGCGCACCAAUGAGAGGUUUCUCAAUGCUAUCAAACAGUAUCUUUGCUUAUCGUUGUUAAAGAACAGUGCAUUGUCAGUUAUGGCUAUCUUCCAGCUCCAGUGUUCUAUUUUUAUGAGCUUGUUAUCAAAAUUUAGAUCUGGGUUGAAAUCAGAAAUUGGGAUAUUUUUUCCCAUGCUCGUCCUCCGUGUGCUUGAGAAUGUGCUCCAGCCAAGUUUCUUGCAGAAAAUGACCGUCCUUAACUUAUUGGAGAAAAUAUCUCAGGAUCCGCAGAUUAUCAUAGACAUAUUUGUCAACUAUGACUGUGAUGUGGAUGCUCCAAACAUUUUUGAAAGGGUUGUCAAUGGCCUUCUGAAAACUGCUCUUGGACCACCUUCUGGUUCAACCACAUCGUUGUCUCCAGCACAGGAUAUCACUUUCCGGCAUGAAUCAGUAAAGUGCUUGGUUAGCAUCAUCAAGUCAAUGGGAACUUGGAUGGACCAACAGCUCAGAUUAGGAGAUUCGUAUCUGCCAAAGAAUUCUGAAAGUGAUACUACAGAGAAUCAUUUGACCCAAAAUGGAGAAGAUGCAACUGUUCCUGACUAUGAGCUACAUCCAGAAAUGAGUUCUGAAUGUUCGGAUGCUGCUACCCUUGAGCAACGGCGAGCUUAUAAAAUUGAACUCCAGAAAGGCAUCUCUCUUUUCAAUAGGAAACCUUCAAAGGGAAUUGAGUUUCUGAUAAGCACCAAAAAAAUUGCUGGUUCCCCAGAAGCCGUGGCUUCUUUCCUAAAGAAUGCUUCUGGCCUAAACGAAACCAUAAUUGGUGACUAUUUGGGUGAAAGGGAGGAAUUCUCUCUAAAGGUCAUGCAUGCUUAUGUCGAUUCAUUUAAUUUCAAAGGAAAGGAUUUUGGUGAAGCAAUAAGGUUUUUCCUCCGGGGCUUCAGGUUACCUGGAGAAGCGCAGAAGAUUGACCGAAUCAUGGAGAAGUUUGCCGAGCGCUAUUGUAAAUGCAACCCAAACUCAUUUACUAGUGCCGAUACUGCUUAUGUUCUUGCUUACUCUGUGAUACUGCUCAACACAGAUGCCCAUAAUAACAUGGUGAAAGAUAAGAUGACAAAGGCUGAUUUUAUUCGAAAUAAUCGAGGAAUAGAUGAUGGCAAGGAUUUACCAGAAGAGUACCUUGGCAUCCUUUAUGAUCAGAUUGUUAAAAAUGAAAUCAAGUUGAGUGAUGGGUCUUCUGCACCACAGAGCAAGCAGGCUAACAGCUUUAAUAAAUUAUUGGGCUUUGAUGGAAUAUUCAAUCUAGUCACUUGGAAGCAAACUGAAGAAAAAGCAUUGGGCGCUAAUGGGCUUCUCAUAAGGCACAUCCAAGAGCAGUUUAGGGCAAAAUCUGGAAAAUCAGAGUCAGUGUAUCAUGCUGUCACUGAUGUAGCAAUAUUGAGGUUUAUGGCUGAGGUUUGCUGGGGUCCAAUGCUGGCUGCAUUCAGUGUGACUCUCGAUCAAAGUGAUGACAGGCAUGCUACUUCUCAGUGUGUACAGGGCUUUCGACAUGCUGUGCAUGUUACUGCAGUGAUGGGGCUGCAGACGCAGAGAGAUGCUUUUGUGACAUCUGUAGCUAAGUUUACUAAUCUACAUUGUGCUGCAGAUAUGAAGCAAAAAAAUGUUGAUGCUGUGAAGGCAAUAAUUUCAAUUGCUAUUGAAGAUGGUAAUUAUCUCCAGGAAGCGUGGGAACACAUAUUGACAUGCCUUUCCCGAAUUGAGCAUCUGCAACUGUUGGGUGAGGGUGCACCUCCUGAUGCGUCAUAUCUGACUGCAUCUAAUAGUGAAACAGAGGAUAAGGCACCAAAAGCUAUGGGUUUUCCAAAUUUAAAGAAGAAAGGAACUCUACAGAAUCCAGCUGUGGUGGCUGUUGUUCGUGGGGGUUCAUAUGACAGUACCACUGUUGGAGUCAAUACUUCAGGGCUGGUAACUCCAGAACAGAUUAAUAACUUCAUUUUAAACUUGAAUUUGCUGGACCAGAUUGGGAAUUUUGAGUUGAACCAUGUAUUUGCUCAUAGCCAAAGGCUAAACAGUGAAGCAAUAGUAGCUUUUGUUAAGGCCUUGUGCAAAGUUUCCAUGUCAGAGUUGCAGUCUCCAACAGACCCUCGGGUAUUCAGCCUCACAAAAUUAGUUGAGAUAGCGCAUUACAACAUGAACCGCAUUAGACUAGUGUGGUCUCGCAUGUGGAAUGUUCUAUCUGAUUUCUUUGUUUCGGUUGGACUGUCAGAAAAUCUCUCAGUUGCUAUAUUUGUCAUGGAUUCCUUGAGACAGCUUGCUAUGAAAUUUCUGGAGCGUGAGGAAUUGGCAAAUUACAACUUCCAGAAUGAAUUUCUUCGACCAUUCGUGAUUGUUAUGCAGAAAAGCAGCUCUGCAGAAAUUAGGGAAUUAAUAGUACGGUGUAUCUCGCAGAUGGUCCUCACCCGUGUCAAUAAUGUGAAAUCUGGAUGGAAAAGUGUUCUUAUGGUUUUUACAGCUGCUGCGGCUGAUGAGCGGAAGAAUAUAGUCUUGUUGGCCUUUGAGACCAUGGAAAAAAUAGUGCGAGAAUAUUUCCCAUAUAUAACUGAGACAGAGACAAUGACUUUUACUGAUUGCGUCAGGUGCCUCCUAACAUUCACAAACAGCAGAUUUAAUAGUGACGUUAGCCUCAAUGCCAUUGCAUUCCUUCGCUUCUGUGCUGUGAAGCUUGCUGAGGGAGGACUUGUUUGCAAUGAGAAGAGCAAGGCUGAUUGUUCAAAUCCAGUUGGACAUGUGGAUGCUUCAGAUAUACCAACUUGUACUGAUAAAGAUGAUCACACAUCCUUUUGGGUCCCUUUGCUAACAGGGUUGUCAAAACUAACAUCCGACCCAAGAUCAGCCAUUAGAAAGAGUUCUUUGGAAGUGCUUUUUAACAUUCUGGGGGAUCAUGGUCAUCUUUUUUCACACCAAUUUUGGAUUGGUAUCUUCAAUUCUGUGGUUUUUCCCAUAUUUAAAUGUGUUUCUGACAAUAGAGAGAUGCAAAUUGGGGAUGAGGAGUCUUCACCAGCAUCAAGUACAUGGGACUCUGAAACUUCUGCUGUGGCAGCGCAGUGUCUAGUGGAUCUUUUAGUCAGUUUUUUCGAUGUAGUGAGGUCUCAACUACCAGGUGUGGUAUCCAUACUUACAGGAUUUAUAAGAAAUGCUGUUCAAGGUCCUGCUAGUACUGGGGUUGCUGCUUUGAUGCGUUUGGCUAGUGAUUUGGGCAGCAGGCUUUCGCAAGAUGAAUGGAGAGAGAUUUUUAUGGCUUUGAAAGAAGCAGCCACAUCAACAGUGCCUGCGUUUAUGAAUGUCUUAACAUCCAUGGAUAACAUUAUGGUGCCCGACAAUGCCCAAACUUAUGCCGAUUUAGAAACAUCUUCUGAUCACAUGUUGACAAAUGAUGAUCUUGAGGAUGGUAACCUGCAAACAGCGCAGUAUGUGGUUUCAAGGAUGAAGAGUCAUAUAGCUAUGCAGCUACUCAUAGUACAGGUUGUGAGUGAUCUUUAUAAAAUUCACCUAAAAUCCUUGUCAGCAGACAACAUCGUGAUCCUUCGAGAAAUCUUUUCUUUUAUUUCAUCGCAUGCCCAUCGGCUUAACUCUGAGGAAAUCCUGCAGAAGAAGCUGCCUAUAGUGUGCUCUAUCCUGGAGCUCUCUGAACCACCCCUGGUUCAUUUUGAAAAUGAGUCUUACCAGAAUCACCUCAAUUUCCUCCAAAAGUUACUAGCAGAUAAUCCUUCUUUGUCUGAGGAGAUGAAUAUUGAAGCAGAACUUGUGGCAGUAUGUAAAGAGAUAUUGCAGAUAUACCUAAACUGUACUGGUUCUCACUCAGCCCAGCCGAACUCAGGAAACAUGAGGGUACUACACUGCAUUGUUCCGUUGGGUUCAUCGAAAAAGGAAGAAUUAGGGGCCCGGACUUCUUUAGUUGUCUCGGCAUUGUGGGGAUUGAGUGGUUUGGAAAGGGAGUCUUUUAGGAGGUACGUUUCACAAUUCUUUCCUUUGUUGGUGGAUCUUGUGCAGAGCGAGCAUAGUUCCAGAGAAGUUCAGUAUGUCCUAAGCAAUGUGUUCCAAUCAUGUAUAGGCCCUAUAAUAAUGGAAUGAUGUUUUUUCUUGUGUUCUAUAACUCGCAUACGCCGUCAAUGAACCACAAAUUUUGUCGAAGUGGCUAGUGUCAGCUAUUCAUUAUAUUAUUGUGCAGUAUUUGCCAAGGCUUGGUUUCGUUACCCCCCUAGAAUAGAAUGUAUGAGCUACUUGCUAAUUACAUAAUUUGAGAAAAUAAUCAUACCCUCCUCUGCA